GCCCGCCCCGCGCGAUGCUGUCCGCGGCCGAGGGGUGCGAGGUGUGCGGACGGGACUGGGUGCCGCUGUCGUACCACGACCUCGUGCCGCGGUUCGCGCACGGGAAGGCGGCGAAGCGCGGGUGGCACCGCGCGGAGAACCUGGGGAACGAACGUGGCGUGGCUAUACGGAGCGUGCCACCGCUUCGUGCACGGAUUCAAGGGCCACGAGGACCUGGCGAGGAGGGAUUAUACCGUCGAGCUGGUGAUGGCCGAGGAGCCGGUGAGACGCUGGGCGGAGUGGGUGGGGAGGUUGAGGUGGAAGGGGCGGUGAUGAUGGUGAAUCGGGAGGAGGAGGGCUGUAGUAGUUUGGUUCUUGGUUGUAUAUAUACCUAGGUACCUACAUGCGUACCUAAUAUAAGGAUUUAUACGAUGGGCAGUCCAGGGGUUGUUGAUAUUGAGAACGCUUGAAGUCUUGACUACCUUACCUAUCUAGGUAGCUUAGGGACCGAGGACGAGGCGGAUCUAGAAUCCGUCUUAUGACUUGUACGGAUCGACUUCUAGCGUUUAACAUAUCUAUCUACCUACGAAGGUCCGGGCCAAAAGUCUUGCACAUCGUAGCUUAGGUAAGCUACCCACUUAGGUAUGUGUCCAUAAAAAAGGCUAUA